AUGUUGAUUCUUUUCGUCGCUUUCUUCAUAUCGACGCUGAAUUCGGCUGUAGGAGUGGAGCGUCACUUCUUAACUCCAAGAUUCGUGAAGUCGAAGAGAGCAAUCGUCGAAACGGGUCAUAAUGUUCCUCAAGGCUACAAAUCUCAUCAAUUUCAACCGGAUGGGCCAUACGUACGAAGCAUCGAAACGAGUAAUCCGAAACCUGUAUCGCAUAAAGGCGCGAAAAUUAUCAAGGAAUCUUCUCUGAUCGGAGCUGCCGGCACACCAGUUUACAGCGGCGUUUUCAAGCAAUCACCACCGUAUAGCAGAUUGCCGUUCGAAUCUCAAAAUACCAAGCAAUUAUUACCGUAUUCCGAUAAUUUAUUUACCAUAUCCGCUGGCUAUAAAGUUGCAGGUGACAAUUUUCCUAAACCGUUCAAGCAACAUGGUGUCCAUUCCCAGCCAAAGUUUCAUCAGAACGUAGCAGCAGUUUCGAAUCAUCACCUUCCCGUGUAUAAAACCGCGUAUCCACUAUCAAAAACCGCCGAGUCGCAGAUGUACGCGCCCACGUUCCAAAACAAGAAAGCUUCAUUGCCGACUUUCCAAGUGCAAAAGAGUCAAGGGCCUCCGCAUCUAUCCGGGUUUCAAAGCCAGCCACUCGUUUUGAACCCCGUAGAGCAUCAGUUCAAUUUCGCAGUCAGAACACCGAAGACAAACAACGUGCAACCGAGUGCACCCUUUCUGUCGCCACUUUCCAGUUUUCAGGGCCAAGUGGUCCCAAUUUCGACCGUAGCAAACAACGCGCAAUUUCCGCAAUACAAAGGCGCCACGGUAGAGGUGUAUCCAACUGUCGGCGGCUUCCCAAUGAUAGCUUAUCAACCUCUUCAAACACAGCCGCAGUUGCUCUUUGGACAGGAUCAUGUUCAAUCUGUGCAACCUGUUGACAAUCCACGUCAUCCCGAGGAAAUUCGCUCCGACGUUGAGAUCAUCGACAAGAAGAAACCCGCGCCGCCGCCGAAAGACGAUGGCGGCGACGACAACGACGACAACGACGACGACGACGACGACGAAGGUUACGGAUCUCCCGAGAAACAAUACGGCGCAAACUCGGAAGACGACGAUGACUACGAACUUAAACCCGAAAAGUAUUUCAAGACGCCACCAACGGAAGGUAACUUUAAGCCUUCUACGUCGUUUCCCUUUAAGCAGUACGACGAGAAGUUUGGCAAGUAUUCGAAUCGGCAUCGCGGCGGGGAAAGCGACGAAAAGCCAGGUUCCAAGUAUCAGGAUUAUCCUUCAUCGAGCAACCAUGAUAACGACGAGCAAGCUCCGUCGGCUAAAUAUCACUCGGAGGACACCUCGUCGAAACCUUUUUAUAACAGGCAAAUGGAGGAGGAGGAGAGCGACGAUAAGCAUAGUUACGAGAGGCAACGGUCAGAAGGGACCUCCGUGGACGUGAACACGCCUAAAUAUCUCGAGAAGGACUCUGACGAAGAAUUCGAAGCGUCGUACAGAGCAGAACCACCGAAACAGAAAUAUGUUCAUGUGAAAGAAGUACCGGAAGUGGAAUACGAAUCAAGAUCACCGAAGGUGAGCAAUUACGAAUCCGAUGAUCCUACGAUCGAAGCAACUGGGAAUAAAUUUAGGUACUACAAGGAUCCACGAGAUUUUAAAGAUGUUGACGGAUAUAGUUCCGAUGUCGUAACAAGCUUAAUACCAGGCACAUUGUACCAGGGAACUUUUGGAUAUAAAAUACCUUAA